AUGGCUACACAGACAUCCCAACGACUUUCUGAAGCACUCAGCGUGCGCUCGUCAAAUCCCCGACAAGCAGAAGCAGUGUUUAAGCAGAUCUUGGAGACUAGAGCAGGAGAUAAUGAUGCUGAUGCUGUUCGAGAUCAAGAAACUGCGCUUGUCACGCUUGGUGAACUCUACCGCGAUGAAGGAAACGCAGUAGAACUCGAGAAGCUCAUCCUUGUUGCUCGGGAGAUGACCUCGACCAUGGCAAAGGCAAAGACGGCAAAGCUCAUUCUUCAACUCGUCAAUCUUUUUUCGACUCUACCGUCUUCAGCGUCCAAGGGUGCAUCAACUCCCACUUUGCAAUCCGUCCUCACUUCCUCCAUUGACUGGGCGCGAAGUACACACCGACUCUUCCUUGCUCAAUCACUAUCCUUGCGUCUCGCAAGUGCACAUCUAAGCGCCCACUCUUACCGUCCCGCCCUUAGCCUCAUCAAUACCUUGCUUCCAGAGCUCAAGCGCUUGGAUGACAAGCUUCUCCUCGCCGAGGUUCACUUGCUGGAAUCGAGAGUAUACCAGUCUCUCAAGAAUAUUCCCAAAUCUAAAGCCGCCCUUACAAGCGCGAGAACUGCUGCCAAUGCGAUAUAUUGUCCACCAAGUGUGCAGGCAAGACUCGAUGUCCAAAGCGGUAUCCUACAUGCAGAGGAGGGUGAUUGGAAGACGAGCUACUCGUACUUCUUCGAAGCGUUCGAAGGGUUGUCUAAUCUUGUUGAAAACGACCGUAGUCGCUCAACAAGCACGUCGAGCUCCAACGAAAUGGGUGUUGCUGGUGCUGGUAUAGGCGCACUAACUGCAUUAAAAUACAUGCUCCUGUGCAAGAUCAUGAUGAACCUGCCAGAGGAUGUAACGACUCUUCUAUCCGGCAAGCUUGCGGCAAAGCACUCGAGUCACCGAGAAGUGGAGAGCAUGAAAGCUGUUGCCCGGGCGCAUGCUAAUCGCAACCUCCGGGAGUUUCAAUUCUCCCUUGACCCAAUCAUCCGACAGCACCUAUCCGCACUCUUCGAUCGUCUUCUCGAGCAGAACCUUUUGCGUAUCGUGGAACCAUACUCAGUCGUCGAGAUCGCACAUGUCGCCAAGGUUGUCGAUCAAGGUAUCCAGCAAGUGGAGACAAAACUAUCUCAAAUGAUUCUUGACAAGGUUCUAGAUGGUGUGCUUGACCAAGGACGUGGCUGCCUCCUUUUGUUCGACCAAGCAGAUGACGACGAAGGGUACGCGGAUGCGAUCAAGAUGAUUGACGAAGUUGGCAAGGUUGUCGAGAGCUUAUACGGCAAGGCGAUGACCAUUGCGUGA